AUAUGAACAGCACUGACCCGACCCCAGCUGAGAUAAAACAAUUCAACCAAUCCUUAGAAGACGCCCAGAGAACCUAUACUAACUCAUAUAAUCAAUCAAUAACUGACGAGAACCCAACACUGUGCCCAACUAAAAUGAGAAAUGACCCAAUGUAUAUCAGGUAUUAUAUCUUGCUGGCUAACUUCUUCAUGAUGGGACUGCUUCCGUUUAUUAUCUUGGCAGUGACUAACUUCCUGCUCUAUAAAACAGUCACUAGUUCAAGCACACUGGCGAGCCGAGCAACUGCGCGACAGAAGCGUGACCAGAGUAUUGCAAAAAUGCUGGUUUUCAUAGUUGUCGUCUUUGUCUGUUGCAACGUGGUCCGUAUGGUCUUGAACUUAUAUGAGGUGUUGCAAGCCCUGUUGGUUGGAGCAAAUGGUCCCCUGAUGGAGGAGUGGCCGGACUGGUGUAACGCCCUGGCUAUGCUAUCAACCCUUCUCCUCACCCUCAACUCCAGUACUAAUAUUCUUAUCUACUGCUGGAAGGAUAAAACCUUCAGGGAUCAACUCUUCAUCACACUAGGGUUGAAGAAACUGAGCCAUACACAAUCCAUCAUGAUGACAACAUUGACUGUCUCAGCAGGGGUGGCUGAAAGACGAGCUGUUGUUGUUUAAAAAACCACACCAGUCUAAUCAUUAAAUGACCGGAGCUGAAAACUUUAGAAUGGUGGAUUAAUGCUUAAUCCUCUCUUUUUCUUAAUCUCGAGACUAACUUAAUCUUGU